GGAAGAAGUGGGAGUGGUGGAGGCAGCUGCCUGGUUCAGAGAGCGCAGCCAGAGCCAGAGGCAGCGAGGGAAGUGCUGCCGCGGCAGCGUGUCUGGAGCACCUCUCCCAGCAUGGCCAAGCCGAGUCUCCCCGUCUCGCUGGCGAUGAUGCUGAGCGUGUGCCUGGCCGUGGGGAGCCCCAGCACAGUGGAUCCCUGCUGCUACUUCCCCUGCCAGCACCAAGGCGUGUGCGUGCAGGUCGGCCUGGAGGGCUACGAGUGUGACUGCACGCGGACCGGGUACUUCGGGACCAACUGCACCCUGCCCGAGUUCUGGACGCGCAUCCACAAGCUGCUGAAGCCCAGCCCGGCUUUCUACCACUUCGUGCUGACCCACUUCAAGUGGUUCUGGGACAUCAUCAACAGCACCUUCAUCAGGGACACGCUGAUGACGCUGGUGCUGAAAAUCCGGGCCAACCUGAUCCCCAGCCCCCCCACCUACAACUCGGACUACGGCUACAUCAGCUGGGAGAGCUACGCCAACGUGAGCUACUUCACCCGCGUCCUGCCGCCGGUGCCCGGUGACUGCCCGACGCCCAUGGGGACCAAAGGGAAGAAGGAGCUUCCCGACCCCCAGCUCCUGGCCGAGAGGUUCCUGCUCCGACGGACGUUUGAGAAGGACCCGCAAGGCACCAACCUGAUGUUCGCCUUCUUCGCCCAGCACUUCACUCACCAGUUCUUCAAGACAUCCGGGAAGAUGGGACGCGGCUUCACCAAGGCUCUGGGCCAUGGGGUGGAUCUCGGGCACUUGUACGGGGACACCCUGGAGCGUCAGCACCAGCUGCGGCUCUUCAGAGACGGGAAGCUCAAGUACCAGGUGGUGGACGGGGAGGUGUACCCGCCCACGGUGCUCCAGGCGCCGGUGCACAUGAUCUACCCCAACGGCACCGCCCAGGCCCAGCAGCUGGCCGUGGGCCAGGAGGUGUUUGGGCUCCUGCCCGGGCUGAUGAUGUACGCGACCCUCUGGCUCCGCGAGCACAACCGCGUCUGUGACGUGCUGAAGCAGGAGCACCCGACGUGGGGCGACGAGCAGCUCUUCCAGACGGCCCGGCUCAUCCUCAUCGGGGAGACCAUCAAGAUCGUCAUCGAGGACUACGUGCAGCACCUGAGCGGGUACUUCCUGCGCCUGAAGUUCGACCCCGAGCUGCUGUUCGGGGUGCAGUUCCAGUACCGCAACCGCAUCGCCGUGGAGUUCAACCAGCUCUACCACUGGCACGCGCUCAUGCCGGACGCCUUCGUCAUCCAGGGGCAGGAGUACAGCUACCAGCAGUUCAUCUACAACACCACCAUGCUCACGGACUACGGCAUCGAGGAGCUGGUCGAGGCUUUCUCCAAGCAGCACGCCGGACGGAUCGGCGGGGGACAGUCCAUCAACGGCAACCUCCUGAACGUAGCCGUCGGGCUCAUCAAGGAGUCCCGGCAGCUGCGGCUGCAGCCCUUCAAUGAGUACCGCAAGAGGUUUGGCAUGAGGCCCUACGCAUCCUUCCAGGAGCUGACAGGAGAGGAGGAGAAGGCGGCGCAGCUGGCGGAGCUGUACGGCGACAUCGACGCCCUGGAGUUCUACCCGGGGCUGCUGCUGGAGAAGCCGCAAGCCAACGCCAUCUUUGGGGAGAGCAUGGUGGAGAUCGGGGCCCCCUUCUCCCUCAAGGGGCUGCUGGGGAACCCCAUCUGCUCCCCCGUGUACUGGAAGCCCAGCACCUUCGGCGGCGCCACCGGCUUCGCGCUGGUGCAGACAGCGUCGCUGCAGAAGCUGGUGUGCAACAACGUGCGACGGUGCCCGUAUGUGUCCUUCCGCGUGCCGGACCCCGGCCCGGAGCCGGCUGAGCACAGCGCGGCCCAGCCCUCCACAGAGCUCUAGCAGUGCCGCCGCGGGGAGAGGGC